GAGGUAAUGUUGACAUCAUGGUUCACAUGAAGAAGAGUCUGUGCUUUCCAGUGAACUCAUGGCAGAGGUUUAACCACUAAUAACACUGGUUUUAAGAGUAUGAACCCAGUUUGAACUCAGUUUUGGCCGUUUUUUGCUCGUUACUGCGGAGGUAAGUGGCACCAAUUCAAGUGACAGUGGUGAGAAUAACCUUAACAUAUGUAGCCAAAUCAAUUAGCACGUCAAGAGCUAGCUUUUGUGUUUUCUAGAAGCGUCCACGCACCACUGUUGCUAUGGUUACUCUGUUACUACAAGGACCCCAUCAGUUGCUUCAGCGGCCGACCGUCCUUGUUUCGUUGCUGUGAGUUUAUUCAUCAAGACUUUGUUCCUGUUCUGUCUUUUAAGGUGAUAAAAAGGCUGUAAAGUGUUGUGGAAAAUGGUGCAGCUACAUGUGAAGCGUGGAGAUGAAAGCCAGUUUCUUUUCAACACCACUGUGGAUGAGCCACUGGAGACGGUCAUCCAACAAAUUACAGCCAUUCACAACGGGAGACUCAAAGUGGGCCGAAUAUGUUCAGGUAAAAAAGGAAUAUAUUGACUCUACAGUCUGUGCUGAAAGGUUUUGUUAUGUUUGCUUAGUUCAGCUCAACUGAAGUGAGAAAUAAACGAAUCACUCGAGGAAAUUAUUCAGUUCAGUACUUCACUUAAAAGAUUCGAAUCUUUUGAACGAAUCGUUUGCGAACGACAACACUAGAUUAUUAAAACUGCUUCAGCAUGCCUCAAGCCCAGCUUCCACAGCUGGAAGCAAACUCUUCUACUGUUUUAUCAAAGUGAAACUAAAAGUGUCUUUUUAUGUUGUUUCCUCAAAAUAUGUUUGAGUUAAGAUAAAUCUUCCAUUAAUCAUCUACAUUUUUUAAAACUUUCUUCUGGUAAAGCUAAUUCUUCAAUCCAAUACUUCACACUCAUACAGACCUGCCAAAAUAAUUAAUUCACUCUCAGAGAUCCCGGAGCUUGCAGAUCAUGGCAUCUCUCUGCCACCCAACAUGCAAGGACUAACAGACGACCAGAUUGUGGAGCUGAAGCUGAAGGACGAAUGGGAAGAUAGGUGCAUUCCCAGUGGAGGGCCGGUAUUUAAGAGGGAUGAGAUUGGGAGGAGAAAUGGACAAGGUAAGAUAUAUACUAUAUGACAAAGUUUAACAAGAGAUUUAUUAAAAAUCUACUAUCUCCAAUGUUGGAUAAGUCAGAAAACUAGACAUUUCUAUCCAAUCAUCUUCCUCUAUAAUGCUAAUCUAUUGUAAGUCUCUUCUGAUUGUAAUUUGGGGGGAUCUUUUGAAUGUUUGUACCUCAAUUGUAACUGUCUUGCAGAUUGGGCUGAACCUCAGUUCUCAGAUAAAAACUAGAAUAUCAUAAGAAUUACUUCCCUUUGUCUUGAUUGAUUCUCCAUCCCUGUAUUUAAGUACAUUUACUCUGAUUGUGAAAAACAGUUAUCUAAUAAUAGACAUCUCUUUCCUUUUACUAGCCCCAAAUGAUAAAAUGAAAGAGGUUUUGAUGAAAACAGCAGAAGAGGCAAAGGCACUUGUCUCCAAGGUGAGUAACAGCAUUCACACUUUACAUUUAUAUUGUUUCCUAAGCUUUAAUAUGUUUUAUUUGAUCGCUCUUCUGUUUUAUCUUUCAGAAACAUGUCCAAGCCAACUCCUGUGUCACUUUAGAGAUGAUAAAAGAAGCUUUGGAUCAGCUAAGAGGUGCAGUUAUGAUUGUAUACCCCAUGGGUUUGCCUCCUCAUGACCCAAUAAGGAUGGAGUUUGAGGAGCAAGAAGACCUUACAGGAACACAGGUGCAUAACUAAAACCAUGAUCAGGGCUGUAUGACAUGAGUUUCAAGGGCAUACAACAAAAUUACACAAGUUAUUUUUUCUUAGGUUUGGAGGUGAAGCUGUCUUAAGUGUCUUCUUGACGACCUCCUCCCUUUUCCUGUCUCCUCUCAUUCCUGUGCAUCUGCCCCUUCCAUCUGUCUCUGUUCCUCAGGCAUCUCUGCAGGUGAUAGCAGAGGACGAGUGCCAGCUCUGGUGGGCUGCCAAAGAGAUGCAGAGGGGGAAAAAACUGCAGGACUAUAUCGGCAAAAAUGAAAAGACAAAGCUUGUGGUGAAAAUCCAAAGGGUGAGAGGUUUUGAUUUAGCAUAUGAUAGCUUACCAAUUUUGUGUUUGUAUUUCUAUCAGCAUGACUGUAAUGUAGUUGAUCUCUUUAGAAAGGACAUGGGGCACCAGCGAGAGAGCCUCUUGUCACUGAUGAACAGCACAAACAGAUGAUGAUGCAUUACUACAGGAGGCAGGAGGAGCUCAAGGUGACCCCAACUGUGUAUUCUUUUUUAAUUAUAUGUCUUCAACAUGUUCCUGUUUGUGUUGGAUGCGCCUGUCUAAUCUUCUCUGACUGAAAUUUUUCAGAAACUGGAGGAGGCAGACGAUGACAGCUACAUGGACUCAGAGUGGUCAGACAGGCAGGCCCUUAAAAAACAGUUUCAAGGACUCACUAACAUCAAAUGGGGACCGAGAUGAAGACACCACCACAAAUGAGAGUUAUAUGCAACACAUGGGGCAAAAAGAUGCCUUACCAAAAUUGUGAAAUCAGAUGACUGCUGGUUUUAUUUGAAGUUUGCCAGAGAAUAAUAUUUACAGAUGAAUUCAUAUGCCUUGUUUCUAGACAGUCGCUGUUCUUUUCCCUGAACUGAAAUGUGAAGAAAACAGAUUAUAUGAUUGAGCAUAACUGCUGAUUUAUUUCAACUUUAAUUUGACUCCUGUAUCCCUUUAAUGUAUCUUUUUUUUUUUUACAUUUCUAUUUUUAAAGCUGUGCAAAGAAGUUGAAGGUUAGUUUGAUCUGAAUCUAUUGUUCCCAACGUAGCCUGUGUUUAUGCCGUGUUCAUCCAUUUAAUAUCAAUGAUGGGUGAACAUUCAACCGGGUCAUAGAGGUAGUGAUUCAUCUGGAACAUAGUGUAAUAUCCAUCAGUGUACAGGGACAAGGAUGCUACACCUUUCCUCUCUUUGUCUCCAAUCAGUGACACACACACACACACACCUCUUAAAAGUCAGAGCUUCAGCUGCAGGAAGUUGCCACAAAGUAGAUGGUUGUUCCAGCUCUUGUCCCAGCAGGGAUGGGGAAGCAGUAAAGUUCAGAGUGAGAGUGUUACCUUCACUGGAUAGUUGAAAUGUGAGCACAGCACAGGCUUUAAGAGCCAAUUCAGUGAUUCAGAGAGGGGUGGCCGGGAUCAAGGAACACUUAGUUACCAAAAACAUCCUGUAUGCAAGGAUGUGCUCAUUCAAACAACAAUUCUUUAUCAAGUACAUUACAGUCCUGAUACUUGUAACAACGUGGUGCUGACAAUUUCACAAGAUGCUUCAUGUCCCUCAUGCUCACUGUAAACCACAACUAUGACUUUAUCACCACUUUAUUCUUGCAACAUAACGUCAUCUUCAAAAUCUUAUUAGAUGCCCUAAUACUUUGUCAUAUUCUGGCUCCCCAUAACAUCACCAGCCCAUUGUAAAGGUGUUUUGACUUCACUUCUAUUCAGGAAGAAAUGAAUCCUUAUCAGUUUAUGUAGUCAGGAAAUCUUUUAUAUAGACUCAAUAUGGAUGUUUUCAAAAACAUUAAUUCAUAAUGUGGAUUUCAUUCAUCGUGUCGGAUCAACUUCUCGUUCAUAAGCUUCCUUGUGAUGUCGGCGCUCCUGUUUUUCCCUCUAACACUGGAAUCUGAACUUCAACUUAGUCCACUUAGUCUCUAAAAUGAACUCUUGCUGACAUCACAUAACCAAACAACCCAACUGUGUUGAGGCCCUUUAGUGCAAACUUCAUAAAUCAUCUUUACAUCUGUAUUUCCAGUCAGUGGCUUAUUCUUUGUCGUUUGAGUCCAUGUACCCUUUAUUUCCCUUAUCUUUCUUUUCAUCCGAGUUUCUCUGUACUGGACAUAGAUCCUUAAAGAUCAGCUUUCUUCAUUUAUGUACAUUUCAUAAUUGUCAUCCUGAUUUUAUCCACAUAGUUUCUGCCUGUCGUUGAAUCAUCUAUUCAUUGCAUAUCUGUCCAGCCUGGAAGAGAAAUCUCCCGUCUUCCACUCUUUCUGAUAAUUCUCGCCCUUUUAAUGCAAGUGGUUUUUGACAUUAAUGUGUGAUAUACAUAAAUAAAACUAAACUUUAAUGAAAUACAAUAUAAUUACCUUAACUUCAAUGUAUAUGGCAGCAGAGCAGGUUCCUUAAGUCCAGUGAUUUUAUGAUUUUGUGGUAGUAAACAUUCUUUCAACUUUAAAUCUGAGCUUAUUUGUUGGUCAAUGUAAAAACAUACAACUUUCAAACAAUUGCAGGAUCAAUAGAAACCCAUUUUAUAGCUGUAAACCCUGUUGACAAAUAGCUGGCACUGCGGUUUCACACAAAAAUUACCUUAGCAUUCUUUAAAAACUGUGCGCUCUUGCAAUACAAACUGCUUUACAACAGCAAAAAGUUUCAAGGUGGUCCAAGGCUCCUCUGCAAAGUCCUGAAUUAAUCCUGAAGGUCCUGAAAAGCACCCAUGGGUGACAGUUUUAGUCAACACGAGCUGCCGUUCAGAUAUGAAUUCAUCCAUAUCUCCUGCAUGAUCAUCUCUCUGCGCUCAAUCCUUUCUGCUCGUUCGGCCGCCUCGCUCACAUACGUCACUUCCUCCCAGUCGAGUAUCGCCUUCCUGUCAGUCGCUGAGAUCAAUGAGCUCUCUGUGCCCUCUUCAUCAUCCUCUGUGUCUUCAUCAUCAUCAUUCUCAUCACCAUCCUCACCUUGACAGUUUGCAGUAUUGUUAGCAGACUUUGGUGCGAGUCUGUGAUCCUUAACCCGGCGCCCCCUGCAGGUCACACGGAUCGACACGGCCAGUAGUGUGAAGAGGAGACCGACACAUACGCUGGAGGUGAAGAGCAGUGCAGUCAUCUCUGGGUGCUCUUUGAAGGAAAUGAAGGGAGGAGAUGUAUGAAACAAGUUUCAGGUGUGCACGCCUGACAGUAUGUAUGUAAAUAAUUUCAAUUAAUUACCUUUGAUAUAGGCGUACGUCAGGAGAGAGUCACUCAUCAUAGCUCCUGAAUUUUCUGGUCUUCUUGAACCUUUGGCAAAAGGCUCUCCUAAAUCUGCAGGAGGGGCUUAUGAAACAGAAUAAUUAUUUUUAUUUUCUAUAAAUUUCUACAGUGAAAGACCAGAGGAAAAGAUAGUGUGGUACCUUUUACAGUGCCCUCAGUAGGAGAUGUGGUGGAUCUGAAAAUGUAAGGGUCUGCCUCCCUCAGUAAAGUCUGUGGCACUAUUGGAGGACAGAUAGAGUGGAUUGUCAUUUUACUUCUGUGGAAAAAUGAGCAUUUAUGUGGUGUCAGGCUAAUCCAAACUUUCAGGAGCGUACUCCAAGUACGCUCCUGAAAGUAAAAAUGCUGAUGCAGAGGGUAAAGCCCCUUUUACAAAUGCACCAAUUCCUAGCAUUAUGCUCAAAUCAGACCGAUUUGAAAAAGUUAAAUAGCAUAAAUGUGUCACCAGGAACCCAGGUUGUAAAACAAAACCCGGACAGAUGAAAAAAAUUAAGGAAAUUGAGGUUUUGCGCAGUGUAAAUACAGGAACACUGUUAGUGGACACAGGCCCUAACACUUGGUGAGUUAGUAUGUAUGACUAAAUCGACAUUAAAUAAAUCACCAGCAUGCCACUUCCCAUAUCCAAACCUCUGCCAACCUGAGCCCACAAUGGAUGACAUUCUCAAAGUAUGAAUAAUUUGUGUCCAAUUGUGUUGAUUGUUACGGGUGUACAGGGCUAACACAGACUGUUUUGUGCUAAAUGAAGCCAACAGAUUCAGUCAGAAGAAUCCUAUCAACACCAGCCUGAGGUCAGAUCUCCAAACUUUGAUACAUGAACAAUGUUGCUGAAUGACCUCACUGGCAUUUGUGCCAAUCAUAGGAAGUUAACCAGGAUGUGAACCAUAAAUCACAAAUCUGAUCUCAUGGUCUGUUAUUCCCCAGCCACUGCGCUGUUGGGUGUGAUUUGAUUUGAGCAACUGAUGGCUGAGAUUAGCAGAUAAAAACACAUUGUAGAAAACUAAAUGUUCCCUGAGAGAAAUAUUGCAUAAUUAAUGAAACACUAAACAAAAACAAAAACAGGCAUGUUUUUGAAGCUGUCUGCUGUCAUGUCAGCCUGUUCUUAUUUUGGGAACCUCUCUCUGAUUUAUCUUGUGAACGAGGAAGCAGAAAGAGUCGUACCACAAGAAUAGACCACACUGAGGUACUUCCUGGUUCCUGGAAAGCAGGGGUCCCUAAAGGUUUGGUUGCUGACAGCAACGGCACACUUCUGUUUGCUGUAGCAGGACUUGGACACCAAAUGUACAGCCUCGUGGUUCAGGCACUCUGUGGGGAUGAGCAAAGAGUUAGUGAUUGAGUGUGUGAGUGAGUGUGUGUGUGGAAUACUCACUCAGCUGUGGGACUGAGAUCACUGAAUAGUUGCAGUGUUUUGAUGGUUGUAGAUUAACUACACAACUCUGGCAGCCUACCAAACAACAGCUAUCUAAACAUACUUGCAGUCUAAGGGACCUUGUCCUGAAUGUGUCAUUAUUUAAAAAAAAAUCUGGAAAUACUUCCUGACAAAUUACAGCAGAUUCUUGCUUUUGUACCAGAUUAUCUGAAUGGGCCUUUUUUGCAGCAGACAUAGCAGUCAUACCAGGAAAAUAACAGGUGUUUUCAGUAAUUUUAACGAUGGCAGGGGCUGACUCGAAUAGAAUGUAGCAAUUAAUUAUGUAAUAAGCUACACCUGUGCUUUGUCAUGUUGAAGAUACCAGAGUACAUUCAUUAGAAAUAGCCUAAUGUACAUCUCUGCUUGCAUCUUUUUUUUUAUUCAGGCAACAUUUGCCCAGAAGUAGAGAGGGGCUUACAUGUGAUGGUAAAAAUAUUGUUAUCAGUCUAUCAUAUACGAAAAUGGUUCAAAGCAGUCUUUGCUCAUGUUGUCCUCAGCAUAUUUUGACAGCCUCCUGAAAAAAAAAAUCAUAUCUGGUUGACCUUUGACAGUCAAAUAUGUCAUUUAUUGUGAAUCCUUCACAUAGAAAUUGUAAAAUUUUGAUGGCACCUACCACCUCUCACUGGUUUUAAGAAGGAAAAACUAUGAUAUGAAAAUCAUCAGUAAACACACUGAUGGUCCUUUUUUGCACUUCAAUGUCACAAA